AUGAAUCAUAAAUAUGAUUGCGACAACCCUAGUCUGGCAGGAGGAUGUCUUACCCUUCGCUGUAGUUGUCCAAGAGCUGAAGAAAUCAUCAAAGAACAAGUCAUCAAGUUGUAUAAUAAACAUGGUAAUACACCUUCUUGGAUCAGAAAUAUCUUCCAUGAUUGCAUAUGCCACACAUGUGAUGCAUCAAUACUGUUGGACACAACAAAGGAACAGAAGUCAGAGAAGACAUCUCAGAGGAACUUUGGGAUGAGAAAUUUCAAGUAUAUAGAGACUAUCAAACAGGCCCUUGAGAAUGAAUGUCCCAACACUGUUUCUUGUGCUGAUAUUGUUCUUUCUGCUAGAGAUGGUGUUGUCAUGUUAGGAGGGCCACAUAUUGAAAUGAAAACAGGGAGGAGGGGGGAGAGCAAGGAAAGCUACUUGGCAGAAGUUGAUAAUUUUAUUCCAAAUCACAACGAUUCCAUGUCAUUAGUUCUUUCUCGUUUUAAAACUAUUGGUGUUGAUGCUCAAGGAACUGUUGCUCUACUAGGGGCACAUUCGGUUGGACGAGUUCAUUGUGUAAACAUAAUACACAGGCUCUAUCCAACGGUCGACCCGACCCUGGACCCGGACUAUGCAACGUACCUCAAAACCCGAUGCCCGUCUCCACAACCCAGCCCGAAUGUAACGGAGUUUGCCAGAAAUGACCGUGAAACUCCAAUGGUGUGGGACAAUUUGUACUACAAGAAAGGGCUAUUAAGUGUGGACCAACAAUUAGUUUCUGAUCCAAUAACUUAUCCAUUUGUGGAGAAAUUUGCUGCAAGUAAUUCAUAUUUCCAUGCUCAAUUUGGUAAAGCUUUGAUUAUUUUGUCAGAAAAUAAUCCACUUAUUGGUGAUGAAGGGGAGAUUAGAAAGGUAUGUCACAAGGUGAACAAGUGAUAAUUAGUGUUUUUAUUAAAGGGGAAGUUAACACGUUUGA